UUAAAGUACUACAGCCCUAGUGUAUACAGGGCACUGGUAGUCUACCUUGUCGAUGUGAAACAAAAUACACAUAGAUGUAUGUGUGUGAGGCCUAUACAUGGCCUAUAGUAUGAAUGUUUCACAGUGAGCACGAUCACUUUAAACUCUCUUGGUAUAAAAGGUUACGUGGGUAACAAGAAGAAUCAUUGACACGGAAGUGAAACAUAAAAAGCAGAUGAACAACCCUCAGUAUUUCGUCACAAACACGUUUCACUCCCCAUGAGUCAAGGUCAUUACUAUCCUUUUCUGGUAGGUUACGAUGUUGUCCCUCCUUGAAGAUGAUGCGACGACGACGUUUGUUAGUCUGAUCGGCGCCUCCGUGCUGAAGUAUGGCUUCACCUCGUGGCUAGCUCUAAAUCGACCAAAGGUAUACGAGAAGGUCGGAAGAGUGUCAAGUCUGCAACUUUACCCGGUGAAAUCAUGCCGGGGUCUGGACGUCAAAACAGCCGAAUGUACAUUAACAGGAUUGCGUCAGUAUGGCGUCACGGACAGGCACUGGAUUCUAAGUUCCAGAGAAAACACUUGGAUCAAUGCUAACAAGGAGCCGAAGCUUUUACUUGUGACCGUGAAGUUGCACGAUGAUAAGGUGGAGAUGACCGCCCCAGGGAUGGAACCGCUCAUGGUACCCAUCACUCCCAAACUCGACCAAGCAAUGGUCCGCCAUAUUGGGACUGGCCCGCUAGCCAUAGACACGUUGGAUUGCGGUGACGAGGCUGCGGCCUGGUUUGCCAAACAUACGGGGCGGCAGGGGGUCCGACUUAACUACUCUCAUCCUGAACUGGCAAAACGGGAAUCGAUCAGUUUCAAGUACCCAUGGGAACACUAUGCGCUGCCCGGAGACCAGAUGGCUUUUUCGAACUACUGUUCCUACAUGAUGAUGACGAACGAAAGCAUUGUCGCACUGAACGCUGAACUAGACAGACCAGCGGCCAUCAAUAACUUCCGCCCAAGCAUCAUGAUGGAGGGAUCGCCAGCCUUUGAAGAGGACAAGUGGGAAGCUGUGAAGAUUGGCUCGGUCUCCUUCAGGAUGAUAGACAUGUGUUCCAGAUGCAAUCAGAUCAACGUUGUAGAAAAGGAGGGAAGACACUCGAAGGACAAGGAGCCGUUUGCUACACUAAGAAGGAUCCGAAGUUUUCCGAAGUAUGGUAUAAAACCCUGUAUUGGUAUCUACUUGGCCUUGGACGUGGCAGGAACAAUCAGUGUUGGCGAUGAUAUUUAUGCCAUCCGGAAGUAGACACAGGAAAGUGACGAUACAUUCAAAACGUUCCCAUCAGGAAAAUCUUCGCCAAUAUGAUGCUUUCGAUAAAGAAUAUGAAAAAAAAUGUUGUUUCGUGAUUUUUGUGUAUGUUUACGUAAUGAUACAUCGUAUAUACUUGUGAAGAUGAUAAAUGACACUGCCGUAUUAUUUGAAGGAUCCUUUAGCAUCAUAAAGAAAGGAAAAAGAUUUUAUAUUUUAACGAAGUCUUUUUGCACCCAUUACUUUCACAUUAAAACAAAGAUAUUUGAAAAUGUGUUCAAGCUGAUUUCUGUAUACGAGGUAUGUAUUAUUCUGAUUUUCUUGUUUUUAUAAAUUACAAAUGUUUAAUUAAACACUCAAGAGAAC